AUGUGGACCAAGAGGCUUUUUCCGUACUUGAUUGGACUGGUGGCGUUGGCGGAUUUUCUUGUGGUAAAAGUAGUAGGACAAGAGCCUUCAACGCCCAGGGGGAAAUCGCUUAUCAAGGUGGAUGGAGAUGAAACGCCUGCCUCAAAUCGAGUGAGGCGAAGAGGAAAGCAAGAAUCCCUGCGAGGGCCCAAUGUUUGUGGAUCCCGUUUACACUCCUACUGCUGCCCUGGCUGGAAGACUCUGCCAGGGGGCAACCAGUGUGUUGUGCCCAUAUGCCGGAACAGCUGUGGAGAUGGAUUUUGCUCACGUCCCAACAUGUGCACGUGUCCCAGCGGCCAGAUUGCACCAACCUGUGGGACCAAGACCACCCAGCAGUGUGACACCCGCUGUAUGAACGGCGGCCACUGUGUCCAGGACCACUGCCAGUGUCUGAAGGGAUACUCUGGCUCGUACUGUGGACAGCCUGUCUGUGAUGGUAAGUGCCAAAAUGGUGGACGCUGCAUUGGACCCGACCGCUGUGCCUGUAUCUACGGCUUCACCGGGCCCCUGUGUGAACGAGACUACCGGACCGGGCCGUGCUUCACGCAGGUUGUCAACCAGAUGUGCCAGGGCCAAGUGAGUGGCAUCGUGUGCACCAAGGCCCUGUGCUGCGCCACGGUGGGUCGCGCCUGGGGACACCCCUGCGAGACGUGCCCCGCCCAGCCUCAGCCGUGCCGCCGCGGCUUCGUCCCCAACAUACGCACCGGCGCCUGUCAGGACGUUGAUGAGUGCCAGGCCAUCCCGGGACUCUGCCAGGGAGGACAUUGCAUCAACACGGUGGGUUCGUACCAGUGUAAAUGCCCGCCUGGACACCGGCAGAACGAGGUCUCCCAGAAGUGCCAGGAUGUGGAUGAGUGUAACACCAUUUCCCGUGUGUGUGACAGAGGGCAGUGUGUGAACUCUGCGGGCAGUUACUCCUGCGUCUGUCCCUCAGGCUUCAUUACGUCCCCAGACAAAACUCGCUGCUUUGACCAGCGGCCAGGCUCGUGUUUCGGGGGCCUGCUGAAUGGACGCUGUGCACAAGAGCUUCCCGGCCUUUUCAGUAAAUCUGCGUGUUGCUGUGACAGCGGACGCUGCUGGGCACGAGGGGCACUGCCCGAAAUGUGCCCUGUCCGAGGGUCUGAGGAGUACCGCAGACUAUGUGUGGAAGGAGUCCCUGUCCGGCCUUACCCAGGGUACGACCCGUCCAGGCCCAGCGGAGGGUACGACCCGUCCAGGCCCAGCGGAGGGUACGACCCAUCCAGGCCCAGCGGAGGGUACGACCCGUCCAGGCCCAACGGAGGGUACGACCCGUCCAGGCCCAGCGGAGGGUACGACCCGUCCAGGCCCAGCGGAGGGUACGACCCGUCCAGGCCCAGCGGAGGGUACGACCCGUCCAGGCCCAACGGAGGGUACGACCCGUCCAGGCCCAACGGAGGGUACGACCCGUCCCUGAAUGGCCAAGGGAUUCCCAACGGGGACAGACACAGGCCGACCUUUGAAGACACGGCCGCCCUCAACCAGACGGUGGAUGUCUGCAGGCAGCUGCCCAACCUGUGUCUGCAUGGACGCUGCAUCCCCGCUGGAUCCAGCUACCGCUGUCAGUGCAACGUCGGCUACGCCGUGGACGCCCGCAGAGAAUGUUCCGAUGUGGACGAGUGCUCGUCGGACCCGUGCCCACAUGGGGACUGUGUCAACACAGCCGGGUCCUUCUACUGCAAGUGCCACACGGGGUUUCUCCGAAUCCCAGGGAAGCAGGCUUGCAUUGACAUUGACGAGUGCCUGCACAAUGGGCUGCUGUGUAAAAACGGCCGCUGUCUGAACACGGAAGGCACUUUCCAGUGCAUCUGUAAUGCAGGUUUUCAGCUCACGCCAGAUGCCAGGAACUGUGUCGACCACGACGAAUGCGCCACCGCCAACAUGUGCCUGAACGGCAUGUGCAUCAACGAGGACGGCAGCUUCAAGUGCGUCUGCAAACCCGGGUUCACCCUGGCCCCCACCGGCCGCUACUGCACAGAUGUUGAUGAGUGUCUGACUCCGGGGAUGUGUAUGAACGGCCACUGCAUCAACAGUGAGGGGUCCUUUAGGUGUGAGUGCCUGGCCGGGUUGGCGGUGGGUGUGGAUGGACGCUUCUGUGCAGACACGCACAUGCGCAGCACCUGCUACGGGGCCAUAAAGAAGGGUUCGUGUGUGCGGCCCUUCCAGGGCGCCGUCACCAAAUCGGAGUGCUGCUGUGCCAACACGGACUACGGCUUUGGGGAGCCCUGUUCAUCCUGCCCGGCCAAGAACUCCGCCGAGUUCCAGGCUCUGUGUGGGAGUGGAAUAGGCUUCUCAGUGGACGGCACAGACAUUAACGAGUGCGCCCUGGACCCUGAUAUCUGUUCCAACGGUGCGUGUGAGAACAUGAGAGGUGGCUUCCGCUGUGCCUGUGACAUUGGCUACGAGUCCGACGGCACCGGAAAGAACUGCGUGGACAUCGACGAGUGCCUUGUCAACCGGCUCCUCUGUGACAAUGGACUGUGCCGGAACAUUCCCGGCAGCUACAGCUGCACCUGCCCCAAGGGCUACGUCUUCAGGCCGGACUCGGAGACGUGUGAAGAUGUGAACGAGUGUGAGAGCGCCCCCUGUCUCAACGGCCAGUGUAGAAACACAGCCGGCUCCUUCGCCUGCGAGUGCUCCCCUGAGAGCAGGCUGGACGCCACCGGACUCAUCUGCAUCGACAGCGUCAAGGGGACCUGCUGGCUGAAUAUCCAAGAUGGCCGCUGUGAGGUCAACAUCAAUGGUGGAACGCUCAGGUCAGAGUGCUGUGCCACCCUGGGCGCCGCCUGGGGAAGUCCCUGUGAGCAGUGUGAGAUAGAUCCUCUUUGCUCCAGAGGCUUUGCCAGGCCGCGAGGGCUCAAAUGUGAAGAUGUGAAUGAGUGUGAGGUGUUCCCAGGUGUGUGUCCUAAUGGACUCUGUGUGAACAACAAGGGUUCCUUUUCGUGCCAGUGUUCUGAUGGUCUGACAUUGGACUCCAGCGGCAGAGUGUGUGUGGACUUGCGCUCUGAACACUGCUUCCUGACGUGGGAGGAGGACUCGUGCGCCAAGCCCGUGCCCGGGCGCUUCCGCAUGGAUGCCUGCUGCUGCACGGUGGGCGCUGCCUGGGGGCGGGAGUGUGAGGCGUGCCCACUACCUGGCACCCCCGAGUACGAUGCCCUCUGUCCCCGAGGACCGGGCUUUGCCAACCGCGGAGACGUCCUGACAGGAAGGCCAUUCUACAAAGACAUCAAUGAGUGUAAGGGUUUCCCCAGCUUGUGUGUGCAUGGCACGUGCCGCAACACAAUUGGCAGUUUCAGGUGCCACUGUCCCCAAGGAUUUGCCCUGGACAUGGAAGAACGCAACUGUACAGACAUAGACGAGUGUCGCAUCUCUCCGGAUCUGUGUGGUCGUGGAGUCUGUGUCAACACUCUGGGUGAUUUUGGGUGCGAGUGCUUCGAGGGCUACGAGAGCGGCUUCAUGAUGAUGAAGAACUGCAUGGACAUUGACGAGUGUGAGCGUGACCCGUCCCUCUGCCAUGGGGGUUCUUGUGAGAACACUGAGGGCAGCUAUGAGUGCCUGUGCCCCCUGGGACACCAGCUGGCUGCAGACGGGGCAGCGUGCGAGGAUUACAACGAGUGUGAGCAGGGCGUCAGCCUGUGUCUGCACGGCCGGUGCGUUAACGUGCCUGGGACCUACCGCUGCUCGUGUGAUUCUGGUUACCAAGCGACGCCUGACAAGCAGAGCUGCGUAGACAUUGACGAGUGCUCCAUCGAGAACGGUGGCUGUGACUUGCACUGUACCAACUCCGAGGGGAGCUAUGAGUGCAGCUGCAGCAAGGGCUACGAGCUGACGCCAGACGGGAGGAGCUGUUCUGAUGUGGAUGAGUGUGAACAGGAGCCUGACAUUUGUGAAGGAGGACAGUGCACCAACGUCCCUGGCCAGUACCACUGUCUGUGUCACGAUGGCUUUAUGGCCGCCUUGGACUCCAGGUCCUGCAUAGAUGUGAACGAGUGCGACCUGAAUCCUAACAUCUGUAUGCAGGGAGAAUGUGAGAACACCAAGGGUUCCUUCAUCUGUCACUGUCAGCCUGGCUUCUCGGUCAGGAAAGGAACUUCUGGAUGCACAGAUGUGGACGAGUGUGAGUCCAGGGCCCACGACUGUCACGUCAACGGCAUCUGUGUCAACACCCCGGGGAGCUUCCGCUGUUCCUGUGGAGACGGCUGGACAGGCAACGGAGUUAACUGUAUAGAUCUGGACGAGUGCACCAAUGGGACGAGACGCUGCAGUGACGACGCUAAGUGUCUGAACACGCCCGGUUCCUACAGCUGUGUCUGCUUAGAAGGGUUCACUGGAGACGGCGUCACCUGUUCAGACGAGGAUGAGUGUGCAGAAAACGUGAACCUGUGUGAGAACGGCCAGUGUCUGAACACCCCAGGGGGUUACCGCUGCGAGUGUGAGAUGGGCUUCAACCCCGCCCCGGACAGCCGUACCUGCCAAGAUAUUGACGAGUGCACCUUCCAGAACAUCUGUGUGUUCGGGACCUGUAAGAACUUCCCCGGCAUGUUCCGCUGUCUCUGUGAAGAUGGCUAUGAGCUGGACCGCUCUGGAGGAAACUGUACAGAUGUGGACGAGUGCCUGGACCCGAUCAACUGUGUGAACGGGUUGUGUGUGAACACAGACGGCUCCUACGAGUGCAACUGUCCUCCAGACUUUGAGCUCAACCCCACCAGAGUCGGAUGUGUAGACACGCGUAUUGGGAACUGCUUCCUGGAGCAUGGGCGCAGGGGGAAGGGGCUGGCCUGCAGCGUGGAGAUCGGGGUGGCGGUGAGCCGCUCCGCCUGCUGUUGCUCCCUGGGCCGCGCCUGGGGAAACCCCUGCGAACACUGCCCCGCCACCAACUCCUCGGACUAUAAUGCUCUGUGUCCCGGAGGAGAGGGCUUCAGACCCAACCCCAUCACCAUCAUUCUGGAAGACAUCAACGAGUGUCAGGACCUGCCGGGCCUGUGUCAGGGUGGCAACUGUGUCAACACCUUCGGCAGCUUCCUGUGUGACUGUCCACCUGGCUUCUACCUCAACGCAGACAGUCGCAUCUGUGAAGACAUUUAUGAGUGUGAGGUGAUUCCUGGAUUAUGCGGUCCUGGCACCUGCUACAACACACUGGGGAACUAUACCUGUCUGUGUCCUCUGGAUUACAUGCAGGUCAAUGGAGGUCACGGCUGCGUGGACAUGAGAAAGAGCCUGUGCUACAGGAAUUUCAACGGCACGACGUGUGAGAACGAGCUGGCAUUCAACCUCACCAACAAGAUCUGCUGCUGUGCCUAUAACGUAGGCCGGGCUUGGAAUAGGCCCUGCGAGGCGUGUCCUAUUCCCGGCACUGGUGAAUACAAAACGCUCUGUGGAAACACCAUCCCUGGAUUCAAACUGGACAUAGAAACUGGGAAGGCAGUGGAUAUUGAUGAGUGCCGAGAGAUUCCGGGCAUCUGCGCCAACGGCGUGUGCAUCAACCAACUGGGCAGCUUCCGCUGUGAGUGCCCGACCGGCUUCAGCUACAACGACCUGCUGCUCGUCUGUGAAGACAUUGACGAGUGCAGCAGUGAGGAGAACCUGUGUCAGAGGAACGCUGACUGCAUCAACAGCCCGGGGAGCUACCGCUGCGAAUGCUCAGAGGGCUUCAAACUCUCCCCCUCCGGAGCCUGUGUGGACCGCAACGAGUGCCUGGAGACCCCCAACUUGUGCAGUCGCCAUGGCGAUUGCAGGGACCUCCGGGGUGGUUACGAGUGCCGGUGCCACCGGGGCUUCAAGGCCACGCCCAGCCGCAGGAUGUGUGUAGACGUGGAUGAGUGUGUGCGGUCUCCCUGUGGGAGAGGAGCCUGUAAGAACACCGUGGGCUCCUACAACUGCUUGUGUGACUCCGGCUUUCAGCUGUCCCUCAGCAACGACUGCGUGGAUAUCGACGAGUGUCGGACGUCCAACGGUAAACUCUGCCGGAACGGCCAGUGCAUCAACAGUGUGGGCUCUUUCCAGUGCCUGUGUGAUGAGGGCUACGAGUUAACGCCUGACGCCAAGAACUGCAUAGAUGUGAACGAGUGUGUGAUCCUCCCCAGGACGUGCUCUCCCGGGACAUGCCAGAACUUGGACGGGUCCUUUCGUUGUCUCUGUCCUCCGGGCUAUAUAGUCCAGAAUGAGCAGUGCAUAGAUGUGAAUGAGUGUGAUGAAAUACCAAACCUUUGCCUAUUUGGCUCCUGUUUCAACCUCCUGGGGAGCUUCGAAUGUGGGUGCCGACCGGGCUUUAUACUGUCUGAGAAUGGUCGCAGGUGUUUUGACACCAGGGAGAGUUACUGCUUUACCCGCUUUGAGAACGGCAAGUGUUCUCUGCCCCAGGCCUUUAACACCAGCAAGGCCAAGUGUUGCUGUAGCAACAUGCCCAAGGAAGGCUGGGGUGACCCCUGUGAACUCUGCCCCAAGGAGCAUGAAGUGGCGUUCCAGGACCUGUGUCCGUAUGGCUAUGGAAUAAUCCCUGGGAUUGGAGACACACGCGUUGACCUGAAUGAGUGCGUGGAGAACCCGGGCGUCUGCAACAACGGUCACUGCAUCAACACGGAUGGAUCCUUCCGCUGCGAGUGUCCGACAGGCUACACGCUUAACUACACGGGAGUGCACUGCAUCGAUAUGGACGAGUGUUUGGUGGGAAACCCUUGUGGUAAUGGGACAUGUUCCAACGUCCUGGGAGGGUUUGAGUGUAGCUGUGUGGACGGCUUCGAGCCAGGACCCAUGAUGACCUGUGAAGAUAUUAAUGAGUGCUCUACCAACCCCCUGCUCUGUGCGUUUCGCUGCAUCAACACCUUCGGAGGCUACGAGUGUGUGUGUCCCAGUGGCUAUACCCUGAGAGAGGACCAGAGGAUGUGUCAGGAUCUGGAUGAGUGUUACGAGGGGCUCCACGACUGUGACUCCAGAGGCAUGUCCUGCAAGAACCUCAUCGGCACCUUCAUGUGUGUUUGUCCGCCGGGGAUGGUACGUCGCCGGGACGAUGAAGUGUGUGAGGAUGAGAACGAGUGUCGUAGCAAGCCGACGAUCUGUGAGAACGGCCGCUGUGUCAACACGGUUGGCAGCUACAUGUGUGAGUGCGGAAGCGGCUUUGAACCCGACUCCACACGGACCCAAUGUCUAGACUACAGGGAGGGCUUCUGCUUCGCUGAGGUGCUCCUGACCAUGUGUCAGAUGUCUUCCAGUGGUCGCACCCCCACCACCAGGUCUCAGUGCUGCUGCCAGGGGGGGCGCGGCUGGGGCAACCAGUGUGACCUCUGCCCCCUGCCUGGCACGGCAGGCUACAAGAAGCUCUGCCCACACGGCCCAGGCUACUCCACCGAUGGAAUGGAUAUAGAUGAGUGCAAGGUCAUCCCUGAAGCCUGUAAGAACGGACGCUGCAUAAACACCAUGGGAUCCUAUCGCUGCCACUGUAACCACGGCUACGUCAUCACCAUCACCGGGACGGCCUGCAGUGAUGUGGAUGAGUGUUCCAUGUCCCCCAAGCCGUGUAACUUCAUCUGUAAGAACACCGAGGGAAGCUACACAUGCUCCUGUCCCCGUGGUUACCUUCUCCAAGAAGAUGGCAGGACCUGCAAAGACUUGGACGAGUGCCAGUCCAAGAGGCAUAACUGCCAGUUCCUGUGUGUCAACACCAUGGGUGGAUUUACCUGCAGAUGUCCCCCUGGCUUCACCCAGCACCACACUGCCUGCAUAGACAAUAACGAGUGUUCUACUGACCCGCUGCUGUGUGGUGCCAAAGGCAUCUGUCAGAACUCCCCUGGGAGCUUCACCUGUGAGUGCCAACACGGCUACCAACGGGACGCCGCGGGACUGAGCUGUGACGACGUGGAUGAAUGCGGCAGCAGCCACAGGUGUCAGCACGGUUGCCAGAACAUGCCGGGGAGUUACCGCUGCGGCUGUCCCCAGGGCUACACGCAGCACUACCAGUGGAACCAGUGUGUGGAUGAGAACGAGUGCUCCGACCCGGCCAGCUGCGGCUUGGCCUCCUGUUACAACACGCUGGGCAGCUUCAAGUGCGCCUGCCCCUCGGGCUUCAGCUUCAACCAGUUCAGCAGCAGCUGUGAUGACGUCGACGAGUGCUCCGACAAGAACCCCUGCAGCUACGGCUGCUCCAACACCGAGGGGGGCUACCUGUGCGGCUGCCCGCCCGGCUACUUCAGAAUGGGCCAUGGUCACUGUGUGUCAGGUCUAGGCUUUGGCCAGGACCAGUAUGGGACCCCGGUGGCAGAAGGUCCAGCGAUAGAAGAGGACAACGCCCUCUCCCCUGAAACCUGCUACGAGUGUAAGAUCAACGGAUAUCCCAAAAAGCACGGACGCAAGGGACGCGACGCCAGCGGAACCCAAACCAGAGAGGGCACCCAGGUGAGCCUGGCCAGUCUAGACAUGGAGGUGCCCAUCUCCCUGCUCCUCAAUGUCUCCCAGCUCAAACACGAGCAGAACAUCCUGGAACUGGUACCGGCCACUGAGGCCCUAGCCGGCCACGUACGCUACAUCAUCGCUGCCGGCAACCAUGGCGGCCUGUUUCACAUCCGGGAGCGUGACGGCCUGAGCUACCUGCAUUGCACCCGGAGGAAGAUGGCGCCGGGACAGGAGUACACGUUGGAGAUUUCCAGUUCGUCGCUUUACGGUGAAGCCCAGCUCAGGGAUCAGGAGGACCGCUGGGACCGAGACUACCUCACGGGGGAGGUGCUCGGGGAGAACCUACGCAUGAGGCUGCACAUCCGACUGCAAUAAAUGGCGGAGGGUUGAGGACAAACGGGUAAACAACCUAGUUUUUCUUACAAGUUGGCGCCAUUCCAGUUCAGCGCCAUUUCGAAGGCUGAAGUCCAGUGGGGGGGAGGGAAUGUCGGUUUUUGACCUCAAAGUACUGUGAGGAGUCUCUGCGAGACAAGUAAAUCUUGAACGCGAGACUUUACAUCUCCGGUUCGUGGAGUGACCUUUGCUAUUGCGCUGCGUACAUGAGCGAAUGACGUGAUGUUCACAUUUCCUCUAUUGUUUAGUUUGGUUAUGGUAAGGAUCUGAGACCGGCAUACUGAUAGUAAGCAGGCAGAUUUAGCAGUUAGUUUUCAGAAAGUACACGUUAGGAAAUCUGUGUUUCAUCUUGAGCUUAUUGUGAAUGUACAAUGAUACUUUGGUGCACGUUACAUGACAAUGUCAUGGUGAUCAGUUUGCUAUAGGGAUCACACUUUGUUUACCCUGACUCAGGUCUUGGUGAAUUCAUUUUAGGAAAACAAGGAGUUACAUCAUUAUAAAUAAUAGUAAUCAAACUGUGUAUUCUUACAUAUGUACAUAUUAACAAUCCGUAUUUCAACUUUUGUCAACUGAUUUUUUAUAUUUAUUUUAGUACUCAAAAGACAGUAUUUAAAAGAAAAAUGUUAGUAUUUAAAAGAAAGAUGCACAUUAUUGGUCCAAAGAAAUUCUACUUAAAGGGACAUUUACAUUUUUACAUGCUCUAAAUUUGUAUUCUUUACUUUUAUCUCAAGAACAUUUGUCAGGUGGAACUAAUGUUUUCCAACAGAAUAAAUAAUAUAAUUUUUUAGAGACACUCAGCUACAGAAAAAGAAAAUAAAGUAAAAGUACAAAGAGAUUUGGAUCUGUUAAAUCAGUAUUUUUAUAUUAAUUAUAUUUUAAUGCUUACUCAUUCAAACCUUCAAACAAAAAGAGAAGUGUUUUACAUAAAGAGUAAAUCAUUGCAAGUUGGAUUUAUUAUUCUGGGUCAUAUACAAUCAACUAAAUUGAAAAAAAUUAUAUAGAUUUUUUUCUUCCAUUACAAAGCUUCCCAAACCCUUCAACUUUUUAAAGAAACUGUCUUUUUGGUUGAAUGACUUCUUUACCUGCUUAUAUUACCCAUGAUGCAUUUUGCCAUUGGGUUUACUUACCACAUAGAUGAAAACCCAUCAAGCAGGACCUGUGCUCAAACAUGCAAUAAUCCAUGGUUGUCUAACUGCAGUGCAAUAAUAUCCUUGUAUCUGAUUGUUAGUAGUGUGUAUAUUCUAAUAUGUGACACAUAAAAUACAAUACAAAUGAAUGAACAAAGACCAACCAAAGACAAAAUAAUGAAAUGUGCAAUCAAGCAAUAUAAAUUAGAGAGUUGAAGGAAAGAAGGGGUCAUAAGAAUUGAAUCAGUCAGUCAAAUAGAUUUACUCUCCACUGUAAAAUGAGGACAUUAUACCAGGCAUAUUCUUAUGGUACUAACAGUGACAGAAUUAUCAGAGAAAAGGGGAACAGACUUGGAGGCCAUGGCCCAUAGCUGAGAGAGAGAAAGAGAGAUGUAACUUUAAUGGCUCAGAGCAGUACCUCUCGAGGAAGGCUUACCCACUACCCCGGCAGGUAGCUGUUGAGACGUGAGCUUUUCAUAAAUUUACACUUCAGUAGAUACGCUGAAAAUGCAUUGAGAAUCUCUCAGGAAUGUCCCUAAGGUGGUGUGAAUAGCCGAAGGUGUGUGCGUGCGAUGGGGUUUGAUAAGAACAGCACACAUUUCUGAGAAACACACAACAAUAAUUAUUGCAUACAGAUGACGAGGGACGGGUGUUGGUCUGCCCAAACGGAACACUUUUCCCUUGGGGGUUCGUUCUGUCCUCACCAAGGUUCAGAAGGCCAACGUGGAAAUUGGUUAUUUUAACAAAAAUACUGUCCUCUAUCAAUGCUUUGUGGAAUAUUUGAUGUCUAGCUUUAACUUCUCUGAUUCUAAGUUUUUUUUUUUUGUCAUUUAAAGUAUAUUGAGACUUUGUCAACCCAGAGAAAACGUUACAAAUGAUCCUGAUCUGACCAGCAAUUCAAACCCCUGCAAUUCUCUUUACAAGAUAUACUACUUAUGAUAUGUGAUUGUCACACAAUAAUGUUUGAUCGAAGGUAAUUAUAAUUAGUGCAAUUCAAAUGUUUUUUAGCUAGAACUAUUUAAAUGAAACCACAAUAGAGGAGACUGUGGCCAUUCGUUUUUAACUGGUGCUCAAUGAUAACACACUACUGUCUAUUGAAGUGAUUCUUCAGAACCGGGACUUGCAAAAUGGCCUUGUUGCAAACACUGAACAUUUGUGCCAAAACAAAUAUAUAAAAAUCUGUUUAUUGAUUGUAUUUUUGUAUUUUUAACUGAAAUCCUUUUUUACAUUAUAUCAUGCAGUUGCACACAUACAGAUAUUUGUAAAUGUCUGGGCUGUCCUGUUUUAUUAAUUGUGAAUCAUUUUACAGCAAAACAUUUUUUUAAUUUUUUUUUUUACGGUGACAAAGGUUAAUUUCUCUGACUGUUUACUUCACUACAUAUGUUGGUGCUGCAGAUGAUAUUACUACAUUGUAUAGAAUAAUAAAUGUCAAAGCACCUGAAUCUAAAAAAUAAAUUUUGCUGAACUAUC